AUGACUAGCCCCACUAAACAAGAGAGGCCCCCGCUGCCAUUCUCCACACCCCCGAAUGUCACUUCACCAGUGGACUCGCCUCCUCUAAGAUACAACUUACCUGGAUUUGGCAUCGUUGAGGAGAUCCAAACCAAGAAAUUAAACCGUCAGGACAUCGGAGAAAAAUCAGGACCCCUUGGGAAAGGCCCAAAUCGACCAACUGGCAAGGCAAAGCCAAGCCUCGGAACUGAAUGGACCCAUGUCCCUAAGAGGCAUUCUGCCAGGAUUAAGAGGGAAAAACAAACCAACAAACCCAAAGUCAAAGCCACUCGACCCAACGCAAAGAAAAAACCCACUGCAGAAGAUUUUCGGACUACACAUCACGAUGCGAUGGACAUAGACCCCCAAUUAACCAAAAAUGGGCCAGCCGAUGAUGAGCCCGAACCAUCCAAAGAGGUCACCAAACGCCAGGACCAGACUGAACCACCCAAGGGAGUCACCAAAUCGCCAGACGAAAACGACCCAAAAAAGCCUUUGAGCCCAAAGGUGAUUAAGAUUCCUUCGUAUUGA